GGGGCGGGGCUCCGAGGAGGGCGAGCCGGACGCCUCGGGCGCGGAUGAUGGGGGCGACGGCAGUGACCACGACUUCGAGAUGGUGGAUUUGAACGAGAAAUUCGUCCUGGGCCACUUGCUUGUGGCCCCUUGUCGGUUCGGCACCCGCGGGGAGGCCGAGAAGGCGGCGCGGGCGAGCAGCCCCCAUCGCUGGAUGCAUCUGAUCCCCGGGGGCCGGCGGCUGCAGCGCCGGAGCCGCGACCUGGAGCAGCUGGAGUCGGAGGCCAAGGACGGGCGGGGCUCGCCCAUCGCUACGGAGGAGGCCCCCCGGCGCGGGGCCCGCGAUCACCACCCCCGGUGGCGGCGCAAGGGCUUACUGUGGGUGCCCGAGCGGGACUCGCCCAGCCACAGCUCGCCGGAGCCGGGCAGUGACUGCAGCCACAACAGCUCAGACCACGAGGACGGCUCCUCUGCAGACUUCAGCUACGGGGCGGACGACUACGACGCGGAGGGGAAUGAGGAGCAGAAGGGGCCCCCGGAGGGCUCAGAGACCAUGCCGUACAUCGACGAGUCGCCCACCAUGUCGCCCCAGCUCAGCGCCCGCGGCCAGGGCAGCGGGGACAGCAUCUCCCCCACCCCACCUGAGGGGCUGGCACCCGGGGUGGAAGCCGGGAAAGGCCUGGAGAUGAGGAAGCUGGUCCUCUCAGGGUUCCUGGCCAGCGAGGAGAUCUACAUCAACCAGCUGGAAGCCCUGCUGCUGCCCAUGAAGCCCCUGAAGGCCACAGCCACCACCUCGCAGCCCGUGCUCACCAUCCAGCAGAUCGAGACCAUCUUCUACAAGAUCCAGGACAUCUACGAGAUCCACAAGGAGUUCUACGACAACCUCUGCCCCAAGGUGCAGCAGUGGGACAGCCAGGUCACCAUGGGCCACCUCUUCCAGAAGCUGGCCAGCCAGCUUGGCGUGUACAAAGCGUUUGUGGAUAACUAUAAAGUCGCUCUGGAGACAGCGGAGAAGUGCAGCCAGUCCAACAACCAAUUCCAGAAGAUCUCCGAGGAACUCAAAGUGAAAGGUCCCAAGGACUCCAAGGACAGCCACACGUCCGUCACUAUGGAAGCUCUGCUCUACAAGCCCAUCGACCGCGUCACCAGGAGCACCCUGGUCCUGCACGACCUGCUGAAGCACACGCCCGUGGACCACCCAGACUACCCGCUACUUCAGGAUGCCCUCCGCAUCUCCCAGAACUUUCUGUCCAGCAUCAAUGAGGACAUUGACCCCCGCCGGACUGCUGUCACAACCCCCAAAGGGGAGACGCGGCAGCUGGUGAAGGAUGGCUUCCUGGUGGAGGUGUCCGAGGGCUCCCGGAAGCUGCGGCACGUCUUCCUCUUCACGGACGUCCUACUGUGCGCCAAGCUGAAGAAGACGUCCGCGGGGAAGCACCAGCAAUAUGACUGCAAAUGGUACAUCCCUCUGGCCGACCUCGUGUUUCCGUCCCCCGAGGAGUCUGAGGCCAGCCCCCAUGUGCACCCCUUCCCGGACCACGAGCUGGAGGACAUGAAAAUGAAGAUCUCCGCCCUCAAGAGUGAGAUCCAGAAGGAGAAAGCCAACAAGGGCCAGAGCCGGGCCAUCGAGCGCCUGAAGAAGAAGAUGUUCGAAAAUGAGUUCUUGCUGCUGCUCAAUUCCCCCACAAUCCCGUUUCGGAUCCACAAUCGGAAUGGAAAGAGCUACCUGUUCCUACUGUCCUCGGACUAUGAAAGGUCAGAGUGGAGAGAAGCAAUUCAGAAACUACAGAAGAAGGAUCUCCAGGCCUUUGUCCUGAGCUCAGUGGAACUCCAGGUGCUCACAGGAUCCUGUUUCAAACUUAGGACUGUACACAACAUUCCUGUCACCAGCAAUAAAGAUGACGACGAGUCUCCAGGGCUCUACGGCUUCCUUCAUGUCAUCGUCCACUCCGCCAAGGGGUUUAAGCAGUCAGCACACCUGUACUGUACCCUGGAGGUGGAUUCCUUUGGCUAUUUUGUCAGCAAAGCCAAGACCAGGGUAUUUCGGGACACGACAGAGCCCAAGUGGGAUGAGGAGUUUGAAAUUGAGCUGGAGGGCUCCCAGUCCCUGCGGAUCCUGUGCUACGAGAAAUGCUAUGACAAGACCAAGGUCAACAAAGACAACAACGAGAUCGUGGACAAGAUCAUGGGCAAAGGGCAGAUCCAGUUGGACCCACAAACCGUAGAAACCAAGAACUGGCACACAGAUGUGAUCGAGAUGAACGGGAUCAAAGUGGAAUUCUCCAUGAAAUUCACCAGCCGAGACAUGAGCCUGAAGAGGACGCCAUCCAAAAAGCAGACCGGCGUCUUCGGCGUGAAGAUCAGCGUGGUGACGAAGCGGGAGCGCUCCAAGGUGCCCUACAUCGUGCGGCAGUGUGUGGAGGAGGUGGAGAAGAGGGGCAUCGAGGAGGUCGGCAUCUACCGGAUAUCCGGGGUGGCCACCGACAUCCAGGCGCUGAAGGCCGUCUUUGAUGCCAAUAACAAGGACAUCCUCCUGAUGCUGAGUGACAUGGACAUCAACGCCAUCGCCGGCACCCUCAAGCUCUACUUCCGGGAGCUGCCCGAGCCCCUCCUCACAGACCGACUCUACCCCGCCUUCAUGGAGGGCAUCGCCCUGUCAGACCCUGCUGCCAAGGAAAACUGCAUGAUGCACCUGCUCCGCUCCCUGCCCGACCCCAACCUCAUCACCUUCCUCUUCCUGCUGGAACACUUGAAAAGGGUUGCUGAGAAGGAGCCCAUCAACAAAAUGUCCCUUCACAACCUGGCGACUGUGUUUGGCCCCACGUUACUGAGACCCUCGGAAGUGGAGAGCAAAGCACACCUCACGUCGGCUGCGGACAUCUGGUCCCAUGAUGUCAUGGCACAGGUCCAGGUCCUCCUCUACUACCUGCAGCACCCCCCCAUUUCCUUCGCAGAACUGAAGCGGAACACACUGUACUUCUCCACGGAUGUGUAGCCCCAGGUGGGAGCUGUGGGGGGUGGCCGAGCCAGCCUCUCUAGCCGGGGCACCGGCACAGACUUGAAAGACUACAAUAGAAAACUCCCAAACCCAGCACUCCAGACUCCAAGGGACGCAGGUCUCCAAGAACUGGAACAUGUGCAUCUUUUGUGCCACCUUGUACAAAGCCAGCUGACCCAGCCCCCCGCCUCGCCGCCACACCCCGGGCUCCUGCCCUCUGUACCUCUAGUGUGUCUAAUGCUCCAUGCCGUUUGGGGAUUGUUUUAUGUCUGUCUGUCAUGCAGAAAAGGUAGGGACUGACCCCGUAUGGGCACAGAGACGGCCUGCUUUGUUCUUUCAUUUCCUCCCACACUUUCUUUCCUCCCGAGUCCAGUCCAAGGGCUUUCAUUGGGCGCUCGGUGACUGCUGCCAGCUUGUCCGCGCUUGGCCCUGCUCCCAGACUGCAGUCUCCUGGCAGCCUUCCUCGGUGUUCUCCACACCCCCGCCCAGCCUGCCCGCGUGCAUGUGCAGCCGUGGUUUCCGCUCCAUCACCUUGAAAGUUCUGAGGCGGCCCGGGGGGCGGUGACCACGUGGCCUGGCGGUGCUGCCGCAUGCUGCCCCCGGCCCUCUCCUUGCCCUCCACCUGUGGAAGCACACCUGCUUUGCCUUGCUGCCUGUGCAAAUGUUGGACAAGGAGACAGACUCACACUAAUCCUCAGCUUAGCAGAGCUGGAGAGCGGAUUUCUGGAAUUUUCCACCCGAGGACCAUUUCUGGGAUUUGUCUGUUCUGUCUCCUGUCUACCGGUGAGGCAUCUUGACUGUUUCUUCUACUGCUUUUCAGUUCCUUUUCCCCUGGUGGUCUAUUUCCUUUGAGUGUAGACUCGUCAGUGACCUGCUAUGGAGAUGGCCAGAGGGUCAGGGGAGAAUCGGGAGGUGGGAGAGGCACAGCCCCGGAUGGACAUUCAGAGAGCGUGCAGCGCCGGUGUCCUGAGCGGGGAAGCGGCUGUCAGCAGCAGGAGUCACCGUGGCUUUUCUGGUGAAGCUAGGCCUCCCGGAGGGCAACUGAUGUGGCUGAAGCAGGCGCCCAGACAAAGGCAAGCUCCAUCCAGGAGACUAGCCCUUCCUGGCGCCCCAUGUACCUCGUGGUACCUUUGCCUUAGACUUUACAUUCUCCACAGCCAAGCACUGCCACGGGGUAGCCCACGGCCACAGGUGCUCCAGGGCCUGGAAAGGCAGGCAGUCCACGUAGGCAGCCGUCAUGGUGCUGCCUCCCAACCCCGACUCCUAGGUGCAGCCUUCCGGGUGAACGUGGGGAAACUCCAGAAGCCGGGGAAGGAUGAGUUGCAGGCGCCUGCCUCUCCUGGGGUUGGGUUGUGCUGGAGACCCUCAUUGUUGAUGCUCUAUCGAGUCAGGGAUCGGCAGGUCCCAUUCCCAGCUUUGAGACCCAUUGCUCAGUCCUGGAAAGGAGUGCGUGUACUUGUUUCUUCCCGUGGGAGCCUAUGGUGGUCAGCCUGGCAGGGCAGACGCUCCCAGGCCGCAGGGGCUCGAGUUGCAGCACAAGCUCCCCAGCUCUCCUCUGUGGCAGAGUCGAGUCCAGGCCUCAGGACUGGAGAGAACAGCUCCCAUAGCUGGAGCUCAGGGCUAAGUGUUAAAGAAGGGUUUGCUGGCCCUGAAGCUGUAUGCUUGCUCCGGGAGGAGGGCCCUUUCUCAUUUUGUUUACACCUAUUACUCAGUCUUGGGCAGAACGGUACACAUUCUGUGCACAAUGGAGGAAAGAGAUGCCCAAGAAGAGGGGAAUACCAUCUAGCUAGCUACCUGUUCGCAGCCUAGUUAGGAGCCCUGCUCCCUGGGACAGGAGAUGGGGAAAGAACUUGAGUCUAAAGAUCCCAGCGUCUGCCCGUCCCUGCUUGUUUCCAGAGCCAUUGAUGGUAAUGACUGGAGGCCCGGCUUGAGCUAGUUACAGCCAAAAAUGGGUGCCUCCCACCUCCCAAAACAAGCAAUGUUUACUUCUCAGCAUCAGGUAGCUACUUACUGCAGCCCCUAAGCGGGCUUAGGCAGUGUGUGAAUGGGAGGAAGGCUAGAAGGGCUGAGAAAUGCAAAAGGCUCAGAAUAUUUAUAAAUUCUACCCCGAGUGGGGAAGGGCAGGUACCAGACCUGGAUGACACUGCACCAAGGAAAUAGCCCACGGGUUCUCCUGAGACAGGAACUGUGCAGCCUAGAACCCCAGCCUGUGCCCAGCAGGGCAGGCUGUGCCCACAGGCUCAGCACACAGGCCCCAGGAAUCCUAGAAGGCCUGUCCUUGCUGGCAAUGACUAUGGGCUGCCGGUUUUUGCCGAUACAGGUAGGAUGGGACCCUUCAUUAAUAUUUGACUUUAAUAAGUGGGUAAGGAUAUAUUUUUUUGUCUAUGUUCUGUUUCAACUUCUGUAGAUUAUAAAUUGAUGUAAACCACGUGAGAGAAAAAUGUUAAUAAAAAAAAAUGCAAAGCCCCAACAUUUGCACACAACUCA